AUGCCUUUCAUUUCACAAAUUAAAAGACAAACAGAUUACAAUCUCUUCUCUUCAACUACUCCUAUAGUAAUCGACAAUGGCGCCUCCAAUUUUCGUAUCGGUUGGGCGGGGGAGAACGAUCCUCGAGUUAUUUUCCGUAACAUUGUUCAAAGACCACGCCACAAAACCACUGGUGAAACGGUUAGUAUUGUGGGGGAUCAUGAUACUACAUUGUUGAAAUACUUUGAUUGUAGUCGGUCAGGGCCUCGCUCCGCUUUCGAUAGCAAUGUUGUUUAUCAAUUCGAGAUUAUGGAAUACAUUCUUGACUUUGGUUUUGAUCGGCUGGGAGCAAAUGGAUCAGAGAUUGAUCAUCCUGUCCUCAUCACAGAAUGCAUACUCAACCCUGUUCAAUCCCGUAGUAAAAUGGCAGAGCUGCUUUUUGAAACUUAUGGAGUUCCAUCUGUAGCGUUUGGUGUCGAUGCUGCAUUCAGCUAUAAGUAUAAUCAACAGCAUGGAAUUUGUGACAAAGAUGGGCUUGCUUUUUGUCCAGGAUUUACAACAACUCACGUUAUUCCGUUUAUUGAUGGAGAGCCUGUUUAUAAAGGGUGCUCCCGAACUAAUAUUGGUGGAUACCAUGUCACUGAUUACUUGAAGCAGCUUCUUUCGCUUAAAUACCCUCAUCACAUGGCUCGGUUUACAUGGGAGAAGGUUGAAGACCUGAAGAUGGAGCAUUGCUAUAUUGCGCCAGAUUAUGCUUCAGAAGCUCGAUUAUUUCAGAAAGGGACCAAGGAAGCUGAAGAGAAAACAAGGUGUUGGCAGCUCCCUUGGGUUCCACCACCAGUUGAGGAGCCUCCUUCAGAAGAAGAGAUUGCUAGGAAGGCAGCUAUAAAGGAAAGACAAGGUCAACGGUUGCGAGAAAUGGCUGAGGCAAAAAGGUCAUCAAGGAUAAAUGAGCUAGAGAACCAGUUGCGUGGCUUGGAAUUCCUUUUGCAUCAGCUCGAACAAGUGGAAGAGAGUGAAGUUCAAUAUUUCCUGAGAGAGACUGGCUAUGUUUCCAGGCAGGAAAUAGAAUCUGCUCUUGCGAAAGUAACACAGUCAUUACGAAAAGUAAAAGGUGAGCCAAAGGGUGAACAGGCCGAAGCUGAAGAAAAGACUGAUGAAAAGUAUCCUCUUGUUAGUAUUCCUGAUAACAUGCUUACACCAGAUCAGCUGAGAGAAAAGAGAAGACAGAUGUUCCUUAAAACCACAUCUGAUGGCCGCCAACGUGCUAAACAGAAACGUGUUGAAGAGGACCUGGAACGAGAAAGGAAAAAUCAGCUAGAUGAACAAAAACGUUUAGAGAACCCAGAGCUCUAUCUAGGUGAAAUGCGUGUUAAAUACAAAGAACUUUGUGAGAAAGUUGAGCAGCGAAAACGACUCAAGACAAAUGGGAACCACUCAAAUGGAAAUGGUAUGUCUGGUGGUGUUGGUCGUGGUGAGAGAUUGAAUGCUGCCCAAAGAGAAAGGAUGCGCCUCUUAACGACAGCAGCUUUUGACCGAGGGAAGGGUGAGGAUACUUUUGGUGCCAAAGAUGAAGAUUGGCAGCUAUACAAACUGAUGAGCAAAGAUAACGAUGAUGAUGAUGAGGGGCUAGAUGAGGAUGAAACAGAGCUUGCCCGUGUAUCUUCCAGGCUUCAGGAGAUAGACCCAACAUUUGUUCCUAAGCCAGAAUCAGGACCCUCACAGCCAGCUGCUGACAUACCACGGUCUCGUCCUCUGACCAAGGAAGAUUUCCAAAUUCUGCUCGGGGUUGAAAGGUUCCGAUGCCCUGAAAUUCUGUUUCAUCCCAACUUAAUUGGAAUCGAUCAGGCUGGCCUAGAUGAGAUGGCUGGGGUGUCGAUGAGGAGGCUGCCAUCCAAGGACCAAGUCUUGGAGGAAAGACUGACCAAUUCAAUCCUUAUGACUGGUGGAAGCUGCCUUUACCCUGGUCUAGGUGAGCGCUUGGAAGCUGGAAUCCGAAUGAUUAGGCCAUGUGGAUCGCCUAUAAAGGUUGUCAGAGCAUUGGAUCCUGUUCUUGACGCCUGGCGUGGGGCUUCUGUUUAUGCUGCUGCAGUUCAAUUCGCACAACAGACAUUUAGUAGAAUGGAUUACUAUGAGAAGGGUGAAGAUUGGCUCCGCAGAUACCAAUUUCAAUACACAUUAUAA